AGUUCGCGCCCAAUUUAUUUUGGCGGAAGAAUUGCAUUAAAAAUUUUCACUCCUAAGUUUUAUGAAAACAAAUCGCAUGUUUAAUUAAAUCGAGCAAGUAGUUUAUUUAAAAUUAAAAAAACUUUUCAUUGACGUAAUUAUUUCAAUUCAAAGAAAAUUAAUAUUUUAAAAAAGAGUUUCAAUCAGUUUUGUUUGUAAUUCAAUUGGGCACAAUGUCCUUAUCAAAAGCCAAAAUGGAAAUAAAAACAAAGUUUCAGGAUCUUUGUCAUGAACUUAACAUGGAUAAAGAAACCGAACAAAGUGCAUGGACCAAUUAUUAUGAUAUGUCCCAAAAGUUAACAUUGGAUGGAGAUCCAUGUCAGUGGCUUUGCUGUGCUUUGUACGCAGCAUGUCGAGAAUCUUAUAGACCAACUGUUGGUGGAACCAACGAAGUUGUUAAAGGAAAUUGUGUUUCAUUAACAAAACUUCUCAGAAGUUGCAAUGUCAGUCUUUAUGAUUUUUUUACUAAAAUGAAAGCAUGGUGCGAAAUGGCAACCUUAUCAAAAAAUUUCAUCACUCAAAUCGAGCGACUAGAACAAGGUUUUAUAAUAACCCUAAAUCUCUUCGAAUGGUAUAAUAAGAUUUUUGAUCAAAUCUUUAUUGUACCACCAAAUGAGAAAAAGAAUAAGAAAGCAAGGCCAGUUAAAUGCUCAGCGAGUAAAUUGUAUGAUCUUUGUUGGUGUUUAUUUCUAUGUGCCAAAAAUGAAGACUUAAAUUGUACAGUUGAUCUGGUGUCUUCAUUUCAUUUAUUGCUGUGUUGUAUAGAUUUAAUUUAUGUCAAUGCACUUGCUGAAAAUCGUAUAGAAUUGAUAAAUCCAAAUUUUGAAGGAGUACCAACGAAUUGGAAUACAUCUGAAUUUAAUCCAUCGACAAUAAAUAAACAUUGUAUAAUAGAACCACUUUGUAAAAUAACUAAAGGUCUUAAUAUUGAGGCAAGAUCAAUGAAGCUUAAUUCGUGGAAGAAAAUAAUGACUGAAUUUAUUGGAACCAAAGUUUUACUCGGAAACAAGGACACAUUUAUGGAAAUAAUAUCAAAUAAUAAUUUCGAGCCAAACCUUAAAUCUCUUAAUAGCGCCUAUGAACAGUAUGUUUUAAGUGUAGGCGAGUUUGAUGAAAGAAUAUUGCUUCAUAAUACAAACUUUAGAAAACAAAAUAAUAGCGAUACGACGAGCAGCCAUAGUGCAUACAUCAACCAGAGCAUACGCUCAAUGGCUCCAGAAACACCAUUAACAAGGAGACAUCAUUUGCCGAAAAAAGAUAGCGUAUCUGAACCAGUGGCAAAUGCAACACAGAAUGUUAGAAAAUUACAAGAUAUUGCUGAUAAAGGACCAUCAGAUUAUAUUAAACAAGCUGGUGAAAGCACAAUGCAGAUAAUCAAAUCAAAACUAGACUCAAUGGAAGCUAUAUUCAAAGAAAAAUUUCCCAUAAAGUCAGAGGCUGAAAAACGAUUCUCCUUAGCAAGAUCUCUAUAUUUUUAUAUAUCUGAAAAAAUAGUUCGAGCAGAAGUUGCAACAAGACCAAAUUUAGAUAUCAAGAUUUUGCUGGAAAGUGAAAAUUUAAACUCUGCUUUGAUAACUUGUUGUGUUGAAAUUGUGCUUGAUGCAUAUAAUUCACAAAUUAAAUUUCCAUGGGUCUUAAAUUGCUUUGACUUGAAACCCUUUAAUUUUAUAAAAAUUGUUGAAAUAGUUGUGAAACGACAAGACAUAUUAACUCGAGCUUUAAUCAAACAUUUAAAUUUAGUAGAAGAAACUUGUUUAGAAUCAUUGGCAUGGGGAAGCGGGUCGCCGCUUUGGAUUGUAUUACAACAAAGAAAUGCACCGCUACCUUCAUGGGCAGAUGUUGAUGUUAAUGAAAUGGCUCACUGUAAUCAAGAACGUAAUUUAUUGCAAUCUCCAAUGAAUUCAGCUUAUGACUGCUUUAACCCAGCGACAGCAUCGACAUCAGAAUCGGCUAGAAGAGAUUUGUUUAAUGCAGGAAAAGCUUCAGAACCAAAACCUGUUGAUCCAUCAAAACCAGCAUCUGCUGAAUCUAGAAGAGAUGUUUCCUUAUCCAUAUUUUUAAGAAAGUUUUACACACUAGCAUGGAUGCGAAUGAAAGAGUUAUGUAAAGAACUUGAAAUGGGUGACGAAAGACAUAUGAUCAAAGUGUGGACAUUGUUUGAAUAUUCAAUAACUAAUAGAACAGAACUGAUGCAAGAUCGACAUCUUGAUCAGUUACUUAUGUGUGCAAUAUAUAUAUACAUAAAGGUUCAAGAAAUACAGAAAAAAACUUUUACCGAUAUUAUGAGACUGUAUCGAAAGCAACCUCAAGCCGCCAGCAAUAUUUAUCGUGAAGUUUUAAUUGACCCUUCUAAGAAAGAUGGUGACGAUAAAAUUCCUCAAUAUGGUGAUAUUAUUCUUUUCUAUAAUACAAUUUAUGUACAAAAAAUGACGCCAUACGCCCUGAAUUUCAGCGAUAAGAAAAAAUCACAAAAUGAUCUCCUUCUCUCACCGCAUCCUACUGAAAAAAUUAACCUUCCAAAGAAACUUUCAAAUCAUCUCUAUGUCCAUCAGUUGGAAAAAAAUGAAGUUCAAUAUUCUCCAAAUCAUAUAACGUAUGAAUUCCACAAAAGUCCAGCAAAAGACUUAGAUAAAUUAAAUGAAAUCGUUCGAAAAGGUAAACGAAAUCUGACAUUCAACGAUGAAGCACCAGUCGUAAUAAAGAAAUUAAAGUCAAACCUCCAUUUCCAAGGAAGAAUACUUUGUAUAAAAAAAGAUCGACAAGCCGAGCGACAAGAGUGAACAAUAACCUGUUGAAUAUUUUAAAAUAAAAUAUGUAAAAUUAUUUAUAAAUUAGUAUUAUAUUAAUAUAUAAUUUAACUAAACUAUUUUGUUGUUGUUGAUGCAGCCAUUACAACAAAUUAAAAUACUUGAACUACAUUAAGAAGUUGCCACGAAUGUACGAAAACAAACAACAAAUUAUGUAAAUGUUUUAAAUUUUUCCCUUAAACAAAUCUACAAAAGAAUUUUAAAAUUUUGUUGUUGUAAUGCUUGUUUUUCUUUUAAUUUAAUUUUUUUUUUAGAAAAAUUAAGCUUUUUAUGAAAAUGCUUUAUAAGUUUUCUUUAAUCUCACUAUAUUUACUAAUUAAUACAAAAAGUUAAAUAAAUCAUCAUGAAUAAGAUAAGUUUUUAUAGUACAGCUUAUAUAUAUACAUACAUAUAUUAUAUACCUACCUAAUAUUAUAACAUAACGUAUAACAUUUUUUAAUGUUAUUGGAACAA